AUGAGCGUAUCUGCUCAGUCCACGCCAGGUGCUAGUACCGUAAAUGAGGAGGCAAGAUGGAAGUACCUCGAUCAUAUUCGACGAACCCCAGGGCCGUUUACUGAUCCAGAGGCCACAUCGGAGGAGUUCUUGGCGCAAUUUGAAAAGAUCAAAGUCCUACAAUUCCUCUUCCGCAGCUCAGACGUAGGCAAGUACAAGGCCGAAGUGGCGGCCAGGUUCGUACAAAACCGCGUAAAGGGCGUCAGCAUCACCGCCCACAACAACAGGAUCCAAGACUUUGACGACACCUUCUACAAGCAAUUCCAGCUCGUCAUCUGCGGCCUCGACUCCAUCGAAGCACGCAGGUGGAUCAACGCCAUGCUUGUCUCCAUCGCAGAGGAACACGAAGCCGACCCAGACUCGAUCAAGCCGCUCAUCGACGGCGGCACAGAAGGAUUCAAGGGUCAGACCCGCGUGAUUUUGCCCUCCAUCACAUCCUGCAUAGAAUGCCAACUCGACAUGCACGCGCCCCGCCCCGCCGUCCCCCUCUGCACCAUCGCCUCCAUCCCGCGCCAGCCAGAGCACUGCAUCGAGUGGGCGCACGUCAUCGCGUGGGAGGAGGAGAAGCCGUUCCCCAGCCUGGACAAGGACGACCCGGAGCACGUUACCUGGCUGUACCAGAAGGCGCUCACUCGCGCCGAGGAGUAUGGCAUAUCGGGCGUGACAUACUCCCUCACGCAGGGCACCAUCAAAAACAUCAUCCCCGCAAUAGCAUCGACAAAUGCCAUCAUUGCGGCGUCCUGCUGCAAUGAAGCGUUCAAAAUCGCUACCAACUCCGCCCCGUGCCUGGGCUUCGAGAACAACUACAUGAUGUAUUCUGGCAACGACGGCAUCUACACAUAUACAUUCAAGCACGAGAAGAAAGAGGACUGUCCUGUUUGUGGCAGAAAGGCCCGUCCACUGGAAGUUGAUCCCAAGGUCACUCUACUCGAGCUCUUGGACUCGUUUUCCACGAGGCCCGAGGCGCAGCUAAAGAAGCCAUCUAUUCGGGCCGAAGGCAGGACGUUGUACAUGCAGUUUCCGCCGGGGCUGGAGGAGCAGACACGACCAAAUCUGGGCAAGUCAAUCAUCGAGUUGGGGCUGAUAGAUGGGCAGCAGGUCGUUGUCACUGAUCCGGCUUUCCCACUCGAGUUUAACUUUUACUUGAAGUUCAAGGAGGCGUAG